CGCAAGUCAGGGGGGCCCGGUGUGGGCUGCAGCCUGGGCCCUUGCCAUGGAGUCCAUGUUUGAGGAUGACAUCAGCAUCCUGACCCAGGAGGCCCUGGGGCCCAGCGAGGUGUGGCUGGAUGGUCCUGAAGACCCCUCGCUGGGGGGGGACAUGUGUUCUGCCUCCCACUUUGCCCUCAUCACGGCCUAUGGAGACAUCAAGGAGCGACUGGGGGGUCUAGAGAGGGAGAACGCCACCCUCCGCCGCCGCCUCAAAGUCUACGAGAUCAAGUACCCACUGAUCAGUGACUUUGGAGAGGAGCAUGGCUUCUCUUUGUACGAAAUCAAGGAUGGCUCCCUGCUGGAGGUGGAGAAGGUCAGUCUGCAGCAGCGGCUCAACCAGUUCCAGCAUGAGUUGCAGAAGAAUAAGGAGCAGGAAGAACAGCUCGGGGAGAUGAUCCAGGCUUAUGAGAAACUCUGUGUGGAGAAGAGUGACUUGGAGACGGAGUUAGGGGAGAUGCGGGCCCUGGUGGAGACCCACCUGAGGCAGAUCUGUGGUUUGGAGCAGCAGCUGCAGCAGCAACAAGGCCUCAGGGACGCAGCCUUCCCCAGCCUGAGCCCCCCGCCAGCCCCUGGCCCACCCUGUGCUGAUCUGGACCUGCACUACCUGGCAGUGAGAGGGGGAUCUGGCUUGAGUCACGCAGGCUGGCCAGGCCCCACGCCCAGCGUGAGUGAGCUGGAGCGGCGGCGGCUGGAGGAGGCUCUGGAGGCUGCCCAGGGAGAGGCUCGGGGGGCUCAGCUCCGGGAGGAGCAGCUGCAGGCGGAGUGCGAGCGGCUGCAGGGCGAGCUGAAGCAGCUGCAGGAGACCCGGGCCCAGGAUCUGGCCUCCAACCAGUCGGAGCGGGACAUGGCGUGGGUGAAAAGAGUUGGGGACGAUCAGGUGAAUUUGGCGCUGGCCUACACGGAGCUGACAGAGGAGCUGGGCCGGCUUCGGGAGUUGAGUUCCCUGCAGGGGAGGAUCUUGAGGACCCUGUUGCAGGAUCAGGCCCGGAGCGGUGGCCAGAGGCACUCGCCUCUGUCGCAGCGCCACUCCCCGGGCCCCCAGUGCCCUUCCCCCUCCCCGCCUGCCCGGGCGGCGCCCCCGUGCCCCCCGUGCCAGUCCCCUGUCCCGCAGCGCCGCUCUCCCGUGCCCCCGUGCCCCUCGCCCCAGCAGCGCCGCUCGCCGGCCUCGCCCUCCUGCCCGUCGCCCGUCCCGCAGCGCCGCUCGCCGGUGCCGCCGCCGUGCCAGUCCCCCAGUCCGCAGCGCCGCUCCCCGGUGCCCCCCAGCUGCCCGGCCCCACAGCCGCGGCCGCCGCCGCCGCCGCCGCCGCCGCCGGGGGAGAGGACGCUGGCCGAGCGCGCCUACGCCAAGCCGCCCAGCCACCACGUGAAGGCCGGCUUCCAGGGCCGCCGCAGCUACUCGGAGCUGGCAGAGGGCGCGGCCUACGCGGGCGCCUCCCCGCCCUGGCUGCAGGCUGAGGCGGCCACGCUCCCCAAGCCCCGGGCCUACGGCGGCGAGCUCUACGGCCCGGGCAGGCCGCUCAGCCCGCGGCGCGCCUUCGAGGGCAUCCGGCUGCGCUUUGAGAAGCAGCCGUCUGAGGAGGACGAGUGGGCCGUGCCCUCCAGCCCGCCCAGCCCCGAAGCGGGCACCAUCCGCUGCGCCUCCUUCUGCGCUGGCUUCCCGAUCCCGGAGUCGCCGGCCGCCACCUCCUACGCUCACGCCGAGCACGCGCAGUCCUGGCCGUCCAUCAACCUGCUGAUGGAGACAGUGGGCUCUGACAUACGCAGCUGCCCCCUCUGCCAGUUGGGUUUCCCUGUUGGGUACCCAGAUGACGCGCUCAUCAAACACAUUGACUCCCACCUGGAGAACAGCAAAAUCUAGGGCACCUCCCCCACCCACUGGCUGUUUCUCUGCCCUCUCCCAUCACCCCCAAACACUCACUUUGAAUGCUGCAUGAAUCUUGUGGGGGGCCCCUGCCCCUUGCGACCCCCAGAUACCUCCACUAGCUACUGAGUCAACGUGUGUGCCGUCUUCCCUGGUCCAGGCACCACUCAGCUCUGGCUCUUCCUGGGAGGUCAGCUGAGGCUCCCCGCAAUCCUGGCUUCUGGGCGAGGGGGAAUCUAGGCUGUGGUGGGGAGGGGCAUACCCCUCUUAGGCUUCUCCCUCUGCCUUUCUGUUCUUAAACAGGGCUGGAUCCAAGAGGAUGUCUAGUGCUUGGGCCUGGGGGAGGGGGAGAGUGUCAGAAGACUCCAGGAGGUCCCGAGCCCCUCCCCAAAUGUCCAUCUUUCCUAGGCUGUGCUCUGUCCUGGGAACACCUCCCUGUGGGGUCCCAGAGCCUGCCCUGCACACGGAUGCCAAUUCCUCCAUCCCAUGGAGCUUGGGGCUCGUGGCAUGGGCCCCCACUGAGGGAAUGUGGCAUCUUGUUUCUUUCCAUUCCCUGCAGGCUGGCCCUGUGCUCUCUGCCCUGUGCUGCCCACUCUGGGGAAUAGAGAGGGUGGGAGAGGAGAGGGAGGAUCCUAAAGAGGCUGCCCUGAGGGCUGGGGGCCCUGCACCAUGACCCUCAGGCCCGGGGACUGUCUGCCACAGGCCCAUGCCCUCCUCCUGGAGCCUGGGGCACUGAGGCACAGAUUGUCAAGGCAGACCCCCCCCUUACCCCACUCAAGCCCCUGACACCACAGGUGCCCUGGAGCCCAUGUGUGACUCAGCCUCCAUUAGCUGGGUGGGUGUCAUCAGCCCCUGCCUCCCAGGCCAGAACCUGAGAAUGGGCCCAGGGUGCUGUGGAGAUCAACUUCUAAAGAGCUACCCCCUCCCCACACCCCACCCACCCACAUUUCCUCUGUGAAAUCUACCUCAGAGUUGUACCCUCAGAAGGACGGGUAAGCAGGAGGCCAGGGGGUCCCCAGGGCUGAGGUGGGGAGCCUCCUAGGUGAGAGCCUGCCCACCCCACAAUGAAUCCGCCUCCUCCACUGCGCCUCCCCCAGGUCUCAGCCCCGGGCAGGGGUGACAGCGCAUGUCCUGCUCUGAUCCAACUCUUCCAGGCCCCAGCUCCUCACACCCCUCCCCUCCGUAGUGAAGGGGUGUGUCAGGCAGGGAAGGGGCCACGGACUCCAGAGACACAUGUCAUUGUACCUUGAGUGUCCCCUAGGGAGGGGAAGAGGGAAGGGAGCCUGGAGAGGGGAGGUGGGGGCCCCUGUGCUAUCUGAACAAGUCAAAAGUCCAAAUAAAACUUACCUGUUCCAUCUGCGCU